UUUAUUUGUAAUGUCGGUGAAAAUUAAAUUGAUGAAAUUUUGAUAAUUUGUUUUCCAAAUGUGACAGCAUGUCAGCUUUACUAGUUGAUUUAACAGUGUAAAUGAAAGUAUACUGUCACGUAGACAACUUUUGAUUCAUUCAUGAACGGAGAGGAGUCGGAUUUUAAUCAAUCCGACCAAAAUGACUGGCUUGAAAUCGAUCCCCAAACUGAAAUUAUAUCCGUUAUAUCACCUGAUAUCGUCGAACCUGAUGUAAUACCACCGAAGACAGAAAAAGAUGACAAGAAUAAAAAUAAGAACGUAAAACUAUCACCUGGAAGUGCAGCAAAGAGAAAGAAAAUAUUGCGAGCUUUGAAAGAUGGUGUGGAUGUAUCAGAGUUGCAAAGUUUUGCAAUCAAUAGAGGGGGUUUAUUAACUAAUGAAUUGAGAAAACAAGUUUGGCCAAAACAACUAGGUGUCAAAUUAAAUGAAAUCACACCAAAACCGGCUGAGGAUGUGUUACAUGGACAUAGAGAUUAUGAGCAGGUCGUUAUGGAUGUUAACAGAUCAUUGAAAAGAUUUCCACCUGGUAUGGAUGAUGAUGAAAGAUUUGCUCUACAAGAUAUACUUGUCGAUGUUAUUAUGAGGGUUUUAGUCAAUAAUUCAGAACUUCAUUAUUAUCAGGGUUUUCAUGAUAUUUGUGUAACAUUCCUACUGGUUGUUGAUGAGGAUGUUGCCUUUGCCAUUGUUGAAAAACUGUCCCAAAAACAUUUACGGGAUUUUAUGGAUGUUGAUAUGGACCGGACCAAACAUAUGUUAAACUAUUUAUAUCCUAUUAUUGAUAAAGCUAGUCCCCAACUAUGUGAAUAUAUGGAGAGAGCUGAAACUGGUACAAUAUUCUGCCUCAGUUGGUUGAUUACAUGGUAUGGACAUGUUUUAAAUGAUAUAAAACAUAUUGUUCGACUUUACGACUUUUUUAUUGCCUGCCAUCAACUGAUGCCGAUAUAUUUAGCCGCAGCUAUUGUGUUAUAUAGACAAGAUGAGAUUUUAGAAACAGAAUGUGAGAUGUGUUUUAUUCAUAGUUUAUUAUCACGUAUACCAGAUAAUCUACCUUUUGAACAGUUAAUUAGCAAAGCUGGUGACCUAUAUUUACAGUUUCCACCUGAAGAUCUCGCUUCAGAGGCUGAAUUUAGAAGUCAAGAAAAUGACAACAGAGCCAAAAGACAACGUGCCAAUGGAGUAGCGAAACUACACCGGUGGAGUUGGAGGAACAAUAUUAGAUGGGUGUCGACACAUAUGCCUAAUUAUGGUCGACGUCAUUAUUUGUUGACGACUGCUGUAGCUGCCGUUGUUACUGCUGCUCUGUGUUAUUCUACGACAGAUUGGGGAUGGAUUGAGUGGAGUUGGUUUUAGUCAGGAAGGAUUGUUGGCCAGUAGUUUUGGUGUUGGGUGAUAUAUAUGUUACAAAUGACAUUAUCAAGUUAAAAAUGACCAUUGUUAGACCUAUUUGACUUGGGCCAGAAAUAAAAGUGUUAAUAUAAUGAGAUUUUAUUUGGCAACUUUUGUUGAGAUAUGUUUAUUGAAAAUAUCAGGUUCAUAUAGAAGAAGCCAUUGUGGGAGGAGAUAUAACUGAUUAUGUCAAUACAGUAAGCCAAAUAUGAAACUAAAUUUAGUUAACAAGCCGACUUUUGUUUAAUUUUUCAAAACAAAAAAUGUGUUGUGAUUCACCUUCUCACGGUUUGGUUAUCGAAUCGUGAGAUGCUGAAUCAAUGUAUCACGUUUCUUUUUUUUUUGUCACUUCAGUUACCUGUCAGUCUUAAUUAUACAUGUCACACAUUAUCCAUAGGUACACAAACACACUUAAAUUGUUUUGUUCCUUAUAUUGACCCACAUCAAUAGUGUGAUAUAAAACAGUCUAUUUAUUUCUUCUACAUCGCAGGACCAAAAAUAUCAAUCAUUCAUUUAUCCUGUUGUUUUCAUGGUAAUUAUUGACCUGGUUAUGAAUCGUGAUACGAAUCGUAUUGAGGCACCUGAGUCACAUUACAUAUCGUAUUGUGACUGCAGUGGCAAUACCCAACACUAAAACUUAAUUACUUUUAAUUUCUUUAGUUAAUGUGACAAUGUCUCUUGGGGAUGGAUACUAUCCUGAAAUAUCUCUUGGAGACGGACACCAUCCUGAUUGUCAAAAUAAAAUCUCUUAUAUAAAAAAAAAGAUUGUUACCCAAAAUGCAAUUUCUUGAAUUCUGUUUGGUUGAAAAGUGUCAAAUGAGAAUAAAUCCAAGUAUCCUCAAAUUCUAAACAGAUGUUUUUAUCUGCUAAUUGAAGCUGUAGUUUAGGGCUGGGUAAAAUCUCUUAAUGACCAGGAGGGCACCAGGUUGGGAUUUUAUCAAUCUGAUUAAAAUACAGAUCUAUAUUUCGUUUUAUUUUUUUAUAUUUUCGAUGGCCUACACUACAUGAAACUCUGACAAGCUGUAGCGAUAGGUCACGUCAGAGGUCAUACGAGCGACAUUUGGACCUAUGACGUAAGAAAUAUGAUUAAUCAAUCAGCCAGCAUUGAUGUUACUAGUGGAUUACCCACAGUUCUGUGCAAUACACGCCUAAAGCUCCCCGACGCCGUAACAGACCGUUUCAUUGGAUAAUUCCUCACACCAUUCAGAAUACGUCAAUGAUAACAACUCUUCCAGAUCCUAGUGUAGUAAAGACAAGUAAAACGAAAUUUUGAACUAUAAAAAACGAAACGAAAUAGGAUCUGUGUUUUAAUCAGGUUGGGAUUUUAUUUGACACUAUCUUACUACAUACAUGUAACUAUGAUAGUCCCUUCAUGUGGGUUAGAUCUAUUUCAUAAGGCCAAUUUCAACUUUGGUCAAAGGUCACAAGAUGUAAAUAGGGCUAGAGCUAAUCUCAACCCUAACCUGCACCUAGCCCUAACGCUAACCUACAAUCUACACAACAAUCACGUGCCCUAACCUUAUUUACCUCUCAGCGACCUUGACAAAAUCUUGAGUUGGCCUUAACAAAUAGAUCUAGCCCUAUUCAUGGUUUUAGGUAUAUACAAGUAUAUCACAUAUCAACAUAUAAUAAGCACAUGUUUAGUUUAAUUUAUUAACAUCCUCAAAGGAUAAAAACUAUAAAAUAUAUUUUCUGACAAAAUUUAAUAGUGCUCACAUCGUAUGCUGAUUUUAUUAUUCGAAUACUAAUUGAAAUGAUCAAUUUUUAGGCCAUUUUUGCUGUAUCUUCAGAUUUCUAGAAUUCAAUAUAUAUUUAUGUUAUCUGUUUAUUUUGGGAUAUUGGAUGAUUUCCUUCAAUUAAUAUUCGUAAAUAUAUCACAGCAGACAAAAAACAGACCAAAUCCCUUUAGUUUUAAUUGAAACUGAAUACUAAAAACUCACUCCAAAUAGCCUAGAAAAACUAGGUGAAUUUGGAAAUUUUAAUAUUUUUGUGAGUUCUAACAUUUAAGUUUUGAAACAGUGUUUUGUAAUGCCAACAAUUUUUUAUGAAAUAGGAUGAUAUUAAUAGUUGAUUGUUGCAAGAAAUUGAAAGUUUAGAUAAAUACAGAAUGUAAUUUUAAACUUAUGUGUAAUAUGUAAUAGUAUCUAGUCCAUUCAUUAUAAUACACUAUUUUAUAUCAUAUUUUAAUUUGAUUUCUCUAGAAUCUAAAUUAUCGAAUUUAUCCUAAAUGUACUCCUAAUUUCUUCAAUAGUAAAUGCAUGAAAUAAGACAUUCAUUCAUUCAUUUUUUUGUGGCCAUUAUUUCAUUCACUUUCAUGAAUAAUUAAUGAAGUGGGGUUAAGGUGGUUUGAUUGGCUUGUAUGAUCUACUAUAAUACUAUAAUCUUUAUCUUAAUCUUUAAAGAUGGUGUUUGGCUGGUAGAAUGUUAAAAUAUGUAAACAAAUGAAAUUUUAUUAGCCAUGAGAGAUUUCCAUUAAUCUUUAAAGAUGGUGUUUGGCUGGUACAAUGUUAAGAUAUGUAAACAAAUGAAAUUUUAUUAACAAUGAGAGAUUUCCAUUAAUCUAUUCACAUUUCUUAUAAACACACUGGUUUCAUCACUGUACAUUUAAUUGUCUAAUUAAUUUGAUUAUUGUAUUAACCAAAUAUUUUACCUUUUAUCCAUGUCUUCCUACAUUAGGCCAUACAUAAAAAAUAUUCUGGUUCUUACUCCAUCCAAAAAAUCUGAUGUGGGAGGGAGGUUUUUACUGUUGUGUUUUUAUUUGUCAAAGAAUCACUACUGGGCUAAAUCACUUCUUUUAAACAUUGCAUUUCAAGGCUAGCUCAUCAUGUUUUUUAUAGGGAUAAUGAUCCAGUAACAUUUAUCACGGUUGCACAAUUGAUAAAUAAGCCUAUGGCACAUUUCUGGAUCCUUUCAAAUUUUCUAUAGAGUAACCUCCUGUGACCAAGGAAAAUAUUAAACAGGCAUUAUGUAAGAGCUAAAAAUGCCUAUUACAGGUCUUACUUUGGGUGUUAAAUGUUAUAUAAAUUAUUGAUUAGACGUUAAUUAACUUAUCCAGACCAUAAUCAACUCUUAUUGUCAUCGGAUGGCCCCGAUUUUAUGUAUAUUAGAACGGUUCGGCCAUUUAUUGAUUUAAUUUAAAAAUGGAAAAGCAAGGCUAAGACUUGAAUGACCAGUACGGAGGUUACAAUCAAUGCACACAUCUUGUCAAAACUACAAGCAUUGAUAACUUCGCUCAAAAUAAAGUAAUUGAAUGAAAUUUUCAAUAUAUUCAUUUUGCAUUAUCAUUAUCUAUUUUUGAAAUAUUAUAGCAAAAACGGUCAUCUCUUUAUCUAAAUCUUACAUAAUGCAUCUUUACCUAGACCAUUUUUAUUUUUUAAAAUAAAAACAUGUCUUGCAACCUUUUUCAAGUGAUACAGGAUUGAGAACCAGAAUAUAUUUUUUAUAUGGCCUUAUAUAGUCAUUUUAUUUAAAGCAGCUGAUUGUUAUUUGAAGGAUUUUGGAUCCCGCGCAAACUAUAAUAAGUUGAAUCUCUAGAAGAAAUAUCAGUAGAAAAAUGGUUCAAUUCCAUUCCGUAUUUACAAAGUUAUGAUAAAUUGAAAAUAUUCCAAUAUUCAUCAUGUUGAUAUUAACAAGCACAAUUAGGAUCAUCAACUUUAACUACUGAGAAAAGAUACUUAGCUUGGUUCAAACAAUAAAGCAAAGUUAUGAUGAAUUGAAAAUUUUCCAAUAAUCGUCAUAUUGAUAUUAACAAGCACAAUUAGGAUCAUCAACUUUAACUACUGAGAAAAAAAUACUCAUGUUGGUUCAAACAAGGAUUUCAAACAAUAAAGCAAAGUUAUGAUGAAUUGAAAAUUUUCCAAUAUUCGUCAUAUUGAUAUUAACAAGCACAAUCGGGAUCAUCAACUUUAACUACUGAGACAAAAUACUUGGUUCACACAAGGAUUUGAAACAAUAAAACAAAGUAUAAUAAUAAAGUUACUGACUUCCAUAAUCUAUUUAAAAUGAGAAUACAUAUAUAUCGAUAACUUAUUUCUUCAUAUUUUUCUUGUUAAUUAACUGGCAGGUCCAGUAGACUACUUUCUUUUACAAUUAAGAUAACAAUAUUUAGAAUGUGUACUUAAAUAAAAAGAUGGUUUUGAUGGCCUGGGCCCUGUUUCUCGAAAUCUUAACUAAAGAUAAAAUCCAAACUUUAAUAGAUACUUCAAUUUUGAUUGGCUAAGCACUAAAAUCAAUCUAAUAUUGUCCAAUCAAAUUACUAAAAUUUGAAUUUUAUCUAAGUUAAAAUUUCGUGAAACAGGCCCCUGUUGUUUAAUAAAAAUGUAUUUUGAAGCUAUUAUUUUAUUCAGACGUACUGCUGGUAUAUAGAAUAGAUUACUCCUAACCUUUCUUAACUAAAUUAUGUAUUAUGAUUGUAAGUCUGAUGUCUUUAAUUAGUAUGGCAUGAUUCAACAAUCUGGCAGGGACAUUUCAACAACAAACGAAGUAUGAAAUGAAAUGUGGUUUAAUGUCCUACUGUUCUUCUCUGACUGGGCUAAUAAAGACAGACGAUCUAUAAAAAAAAUACAUGUAUUUUAGUCAGCUACUAAAAAAAGUAUAAUUCAAAACUCUGGGUUUUUUGUCUAAAUUAUGGCUCUGACGUCUUUUAAUUGAAAGGCAAGUUUCAAAAUUCUUUCAAGGACAACUCUCUUUUCAAAAAAUUGAGUCCAAUUUGUUUUAAAAAUACAUGUACUUUAGUCUAAUUCCUACUAAAUGUAAUUUAAAAUUCUUUUCUUAACAUAUUUCUUCACAUCUAUGACAUUGUAAAUACAUGUAGAUUAUUCCAUGAAUAAUUCAAAGAUAUGUAGAUAAGUGUUAAAUAUUUUGUUGAAAUAAAAAAAAAAAUGUGAUUUGUUC